CAUCCUGGCAGUUAAAUUCUCUUGAGUUAUGAUGACGUUGCAAAUAAAAUUGCAUAAAAGUGUAUAAUAAUCUAACGUCGACCGUUAAAUAUUUCACAGGCACGUCACCCCGUUGCCAUGGCGACCAGGUAAAACAAAUCGAGUACACAAAGGGGUCUUUCAACCAAGCAGCAGCAGGUAUACACAGUCAGUUGUAUGAAGGUCUUCCGUCACACUGCAGUGUUCAUAGUCCCCUUUUCGACAGGGCAAGGGGCUACGGCCUCCAGGAUUCAUCUGGGAGAGAUCAUUUUCACCGACAGUGAUCAUUUUCUUUCAUUUUUUUUACGAAGUUGUGUAGACCUAUAGCGCGCCGCAGUUGAGUCAACUACGUCAAGGAUAUAAAUUUUGUACCAGUGACCCUGACACCUGGACUGCCGCAUUCAUGAAGGAAAUGGGUUUGGGCGGAGACUUGGUGGCAUUAUGGGAAGUACGGCUCAGCGACGGUGUCCACAAAGUGGGAUUCGAGCACGGCACGACCACAGGACGUCGCGUUCUUUGGGUCGAUGGAGAGGAAAGGAUGCGGCACGAUUGGAUGUUCAAACUGGUCGGCAGCGAAGUGUUCGACAUCGGAGAUACGAAAUGCGUGAUCAAGAUCGAACCAGUUGGCGGCUUUUCGUACGAAUACUCGUUAGAGGUCAACGGCAAGAGUUACAAGAGAUUCACCGAGAACCAGAGUAAGAUUCUGAAGACGUGGGUCGUCCCUGUGGAGGAUUCUUUUAUGAGAAUCGUCCUCGAGCGGGACACGCUAGACGUCUGGGUCAACGGGAAGAAACUGGAGACUGCCGGCGAGUUCGUGGAUGACGGAACGGAAACCCACUUCGACCUGGCGGGUCACCCGGCUUACAUCAAGGCGGUCAGCAGCGGGAACAGAAGAGAGGGAAUCAUCCAUUCCCUAGUCGUGGACGACACCGAGAUUCCAGAGGCUGUGGAAUGAGGAGGAAAAGAGGAGAGAGAGAGAG